CUCGUCUUUUGACACUAAAAAUACAAAAAAACACAGCCGGAUUAUACCUUAGAACAACAAAGAUUUGUGCGACCUUCAAUUGCGGCAACAUCAUCUACAUCAAAAGACCUCACCAUGAUAAAAUUUAUACUAAAUGAAAUGUUAGAAACAGAAAGAACCUAUAACCAAUUACUCUAUUUAAUAAGAAACAAAUAUAUGCGACCAAUGGUUGCUGCUUCUAAACUAAAAGAUCCACUCGUAAAAAGUACAGACAUUCCCGUAUUAUUCAAUCAUUUACCAGAACUUAUUCGUGUGUCUGAUAAAUUACUACGUGAUCUGCAAACAAGUGAUAACAUUGGGCAUACAUUUUGCUCACUGGAAGCCAAGUUGGUCGUAUUUUUGAAAUAUGCCAUGCAUUAUAGAACAAACCUAAAGACAAUCCGAAAAGCAUGCAAUAAUGUAUUGUUCGUAAAGAUAGAUCGGGAAAACCUUUCGAAACGAGAUACGAAUCGGCUAGGAAUGUCGGAUUAUCUGAUUGCACCUAUCCAACGCAUACCGAGAUAUUGUUUGCUAAUAAAAGAUUUACAAAAGUAUACGCAGCGAUCAAAUCCAAGUUACACAGAAUUAGAUUUGGCUUUGAAGAUUUUGACGGGCUUAGCUGUGGCAAUGGAUUAUGCCCAGGACAACAAACCCUUGACGACGACUUCACGACCCUCAAAUAAAACGCUUUAAAAUGGAGAUUCGCUUUCAUUAUGCUCAUGCAAGCUGUAAAUAUUUACAAAUAUACCAAUCCCUGAUACCGACAAUAACAAACCUAAGCCUUCGAGACUUCCUUUUUUCGGAUUGAAGCCUAAAUCCUUCCCAUUCACUUGAAACUGUUACAUUCCCUAAUGACUACGUAUAUUAUUGCGAGUAAUAAAACAAAAGAAGACUAAAGUUAUGCUCACCAUUGUUUCAUCUGAUAGUCAAUCAUGACAGGUAUCUUUUAUGGUAUUAAAGUUUACAAUUGACUAUUUAUUUCAUGGCAUCCAAAGUGGGCCAUACAUUUAUUGAUUGAAAAUCUUUUAUAAUUUCAUUGACUUUAUCUCGUAUUAAUAGCGGUACUUCAU